AUAUCACUUAUAAGGCCUCUUAGUUCGUAAGUGACUGACUGAUAAGAAACAAAACAGAGACAAGAGAGAGAGAGAAAAGGAAGAGCAAGAAUGGGAAGGAUAUUCACGGUGGAGCUUGAGGGAAGAUCUUACAGAUGCAGGUUUUGCCGAACCCAUCUCGCUCUUCCCGAUGAUCUUAUCUCCAAGUCUUUCCAUUGCCGCAGAGGAAAGGCUUACCUCUUCAAUCGUUCAGUGAACAUAAGUAUGGGUCCUUUAGAGGAAAGAAUGAUGCUUUCUGGUAUGCACACUGUUGCUGAUAUUUUCUGCUGCUGUUGCGGACAGAAUGUUGGUUGGAAAUAUGAAUCAGCGCAUGAGAAAGCUCAGAAGUACAAAGAAGGCAAAUUUGUUCUUGAAAGGGGAAGGAUCGUGGACGAAAUGGAUUUAUCAACAGAGGUUUACAUCGAUACUCGAAGCGACACAGAAGAUUCUUGAAAUGUUAGCUUUAGAUUCUUACCUUUCUUGUGUCUGUGUGUGGGGAUAAUGUCAAGAUCAGAGCUUGCUAGUGUAAAAUAUGUAAAGUGAGGUUUAUAAAGGGUUGUGUAUGGUGAAUGAAGUUGUUGUGUUGUUUAUUGUCUCAAGAGACCCUCAAAGACUUUCUUGAUCGCGGUCUCUUUGUUUUUUUACUUUUUUUACUUGUGUAAGAACUCUUCCAAGAGGUUGAAUUUGAUCAGUUAAACUAAUAAAAUAUGUUACAUUUA